CAGCCCACACAAUCAUUAAGUUACUAGGUUUUUACAGGAACUUCUGUGGUAAAAGCAAAAAAAUUCCAUCAAAAGCAGAUGAUACAAAGCUGCGUGCAUGUCCUGUGGCUGCUCAUUACUGACCCCGAUUAAGAGCAGUGCACUGACUGCUCUCCGCAUUUUGUUCUAAAUGGGAACUGCGGAGUUCUAUUACGUUUAUUACUUAGCUCAAGAUUAUCUGCAGUAUGUGCUUCAAGAAUCACAUCUUGGACCAGCCCAAACCAGGGUUGCUCAUGUCUUGCGAAAUAUUGCAUCUUCGCUGCAAGAUCAAACCGAGGAGGCUCUCAAACCAUUCUUAGACAAGAUUGAUAUUACCUCUGUAGCUGUUGCCAAGAGAAUUUUCAAUGGUGUCAUGGAAGAAAAAUUUGCUGAUGGAAAUACUAACUGGGGACGAAUUAUGACCAUAUUUACGUUUGGAGGUCUUCUCACUAAGAAGCUUCAAGAGCAUGGAGUUCAGCUCACUGGAGAGGAGAAGGAGCAGAUUUCUUAUUUCAUCACAGAGUACAUAAUAAACAACAAAGCUGAAUGGAUAGAUGCGAACGGUGGCUGGGAAAAUGGCUUCCUAACGAAGUUUGAAAGAAGAUCACUACUAUCUUUCUCCAAAAUUACAGCCAUGUUCAUAGCUGUUUUUAGCUUGUUCAGAGAGUACUACUAAAAUAAAUGGACCUGCCAUUCAUGUAGUAUCUAGAUACUGCCACAAGCUUCAUUGCUAAGCUUUCCUCCAAGCAAUAUUGCUGAGAAAGUAUUUUUCCUCCAUAAUUUGUUUUUAAUUUAUUUGUAUUUAUUUUUACUAAAUACCAUGUUUAACAUGCUAUCCAAACUGCCAAACCUGAAGGUAAGGUCCCUCCAAAGAGGAAUCAACACAGCAUCAUGCAGCAAUUCAAGUCAACCUUUCCAGGACGGACUGCUUCAGGAGAGAGAUCUUUCUCCACACCCAGACAGCUCUUGGAAUCUCUGUUGCACCUCCAUGAAAGGAUGUUGUUUUACUGAAAUACAAUCCAAUGGGUUAAGAAACAAGUUUUAAUGUCAUUUGUUUUGUAAAUGAAAUACUACUGUAAUGCAUGUUAUUGCAAUCUUUGUAUAAGCAAGGGGUGAUGGGGGUGGGGAUUUCUGCAAAGAAAAAGGAAAAGCAAAUUCCAACAUAAAAGUGGGCACAAGUUACUGACACAGACUAAUCAGUUUUUAUGGGAAGAACAAUUUGUGGAAGCUAGCAACUUAAUAAUGUGCACUCACUUACUGUUAAUGCAAUGGUACGUGUUUCUUUGUUGUAUUUUUUUAAUUGCUCAUAUCUACAGUGAAUGUUCUUUCAGAUGUGUCAUGUAGUCAUUUGGCUGAACUUCUUUUAAACUAGAUGUUUUAAAAUAGGCAAGCACAAAAUAUUUUUAAAUGAGAAAUUUGUGUAAAUACACUAAUAUUUUUGAAAAAUACAUUAAAAUAUGUAUUUUGAAGUGUUA